AUGUCCAAAGCUCUUCGCAGGCCUGGUCUUCUUUCUCUCUGUCUCUUGGUUUAUUUAUUCUGUGGUGCUUUCACUCAGUCAAGUAGUUCAACAAGCGAUGCGCCUGAGUGCGGUGUCAAAUGCGCACUCGAGAGUUUCAGCGACCCGGCGUUUUCGCUCAAAACUCAAGCCGAACUAUGCCAUGAUAAAGCGUUUGCCAGGGUACUGGGGGAUUGCGUGGCAAAACGAUGUCUUUUUGGUGAAAUGAUGGGUAAUAAACGACUUCACAUUCGGGCGGCAUAUCAUGAGAUUCAGGCUAUUAACAAUAUUAACACAGAGUUUACUCGGAUUUCCAAAGAGGCAUGCGGCAUUCCUCCGAUGGACCAAUACAUCGAGUUCCAAGUCACUGGCAUAAUCAUGACGACGCUGGCCGUUGUCUUUUACGUCCUGCGAAUUACAUGCAAAAUCCUUGGGCCGACUUUUUGGGGUAUAGACGAUACACUUAUUUCAGUAUCAGCAGCUGUUUUGAGUCCUAUUUGCGUGUUCUACCAAUUGUUGCUAGAACAGGGAUUAGGCAAGGAUUUUGAAAAUCUCUCGCAUCGACAAGUAGCAAUGUUCUUCAGAUACUUCUUUGCAUUCGGACUACUUUACCACAUUGCCCUAACAUGUAUAAAAACCUCCAUUUUACUUUUGUAUCUUCAGAUCUUCCCAGACGAAACCUUCCAGAGAGUGGUCAAUGCUCACUUUGAUACAAGCACCCGUGCUCUUGGGUAUAUGGAAGGCAUGGGAAGACAAGGUGAUCGGCGAGAGUAUGCAUUAUAUAUCGUGGCCAUCGCUGGUGCAGGCUUGUUUGAAUCUAGCCCUGGAUAUCUGGAUGCUUAUCUUGCCGAUUUCUCAGUUAUACAAAUUGGGGCUGAAGAUCACUUGACUAUUGUUUGUGCUCUCAAGCUAUAUAAAAUGGUAGAGUACAUUACCGAUAUAAGCAAGUCAACCCAAAACGGAAACGAUGUCAUCUUCUGGUCUUACAUCGAGCUCUGUGUGGGAAUCACGGUAUCUUGCAUGCCUCAUACACGCCAGCUUACGCGAGCGAUGUUGCAUAGGUUGCAGUCAAAUGGACGUGGUAUCGGGAGCUCUGGGAGCGAUGGUCCUUUCAUCACGCGGUCUAUUGAAACAAUAACCCAGGUUUCGUCUCCUCUGGAUACAGUAGUUCUUCAUGAUGAAGGAAAUCUUCUUACGAAAUCUUAG